GGGAGACUUCUGUAGUCUGAACUAUGUGAAUCGAGAGUUCUUCUGGAAAUUUCGUUCAUUUUUGCUUGAGACUGACGGACUGUAGAAUCAAUGUGGUGUCUGUCGAAGAUACGUGUGGUCCGAAACUCACCUAAACGUUGACACGUCUUGGGAGUGAUGCACUGGCUUCCCCUGGUUGCCAUGGUGAUUGCCUCGGCCAUGCCUUUCUCUCAAAGUCCUGUGCCCAGGCUUGUUGUCGCGGCGAUAGAGCCUGGCAGAAACGACAGCAACAUCAGCAUGCCGACCAACACAUCAGUGGACAACGACUCCCCUGAUGCUGUUUCUCACAACAACUACAGCACACAUGACAUAGCUCCUCACAGAACAGUCGAUAAGCAGAGCACGCUUGAGGAAGACCAUAUAUCCAAAGAUAGAGCAAACCGAGAGAAUCUUCUAAUAGGUGGAGGUAGGACUACCGGAGCAGAUGCCUCCAGGCCGCAUGAACCCAGGAAAUACAAAUCACAAAAAAUACUGGCUGAAAAAAGCCAUGAUAUUCUCAAGGACUAUCAGCUUGAAAGUAGCCAGUUUCAUGAAGAAAGCAGUAUUGAGGCAGAGACUUUUCUUAAAGAUGACAGGAACGCAAGAAGUCCUAUGGUCUCUCUGCAGAGUUCUCCAGUGCAGGAACAUCUGGACGAAGCUCAAACGGUUGGGAGCACCAAUGCUAAAGAAAUGGUGCAGCAAUAUGGAGGGUUUGGAACAGAACAGGGCUUUAAGUUUGAUGACAUAGGCCUACGAGAAGAAGAUCAGCUGCUUUUGCUGGACGCCAAUCCUCGGGUACUUUUCUCCCCGGCCCUCUCCCCACCCAAACACCCACCUCUGCUCUUAAUGCUGGAGUCAGGCUUUCUGACCAAUGACGUUGAGGAUGAGGAAAGCCACAUGAUGGAUGCUAACACCUCUGCUCACAGAGGAGACAAAGACACAUACAGGAACUUACUCUUGGGCCUUUCUGAUUCUGAUGGCCACAUUCCAAGGGUCCGCCGCAAGCGUCAAGCCGCCCACAGCGCACAAGGCAUGGCACGCUCCGUAUGUGAGGCCGAAACCAGGUGGGUGACCAAGAAGACCGCGGUGGACUUACUGAGCAACACCGUCACUAUUCUGCCUGAGAUCCCGACCCAGACUGGGCCACUCAAGCAGCGUUUCUACGAAACAACGUGCCGUAAGCCAGAUCCAAACAGGAGAGGUGAAGUGCAGGCGGUGGAGGGGGCCAGCUGCUUGGGGGUGGAUAAGAAACACUGGAUGAGCAAGUGCGAAACCAAACAAUCGUACGUACGCGCACUCACCUCAGAUGAAAACAAGAGGAUAGGAUGGAGGUGGAUCCGUAUUGACUCCUCCUGCGUUUGCGUGCUGCUCACUAGAGGGACGUACAACACUAAGAAGUUGGAGUGAGGAAGAGAGCGAGAAGGCAGAAGGGACAGCUAGCUUGGACUGUCUGAACAUAGGAUUGACACGGAGUUGAUAGAUCAUGUGAAUUCUGAGUGUUUGAGGAGCUGUAUCUGUUCUGGUCCACUGUGUGGGGGAUAUUUCGUUUCCAGAUGUUCCCACAUAUCUAUAGCUGUACCCCAGUGUCUUGCUGAGGACAGCCAUGGAAAUCACCCUUGUGUUGCUCAAAACCUGAUGUUUGUCACUCUUAAACGUGUUAGAAAUUCAUUGCAUUAGAUACUGGCAAAAA